UACUAUAGUACUCACUUGGUCUUGGGAGGCAAAGUUUCUAGAAUGAAGUGGUGCUUGUUACUUUUUUUAGUAGCAGUUGUAGUGGAAGCGGUUCCCUUUGAGGGACCGCGGUGGUCCUACCACGAGAAAGUGGGAAUUCCGAUGUCCGAGCAAUUGAAGAAGUUUGAGUUGGCAGCCAAUUCUAGCAGAAUUGUCGGCGGCACCUCGGUGCCUCUUGGCAAGCAUCCUUUCAUGGUGGGAAUCGUGAUUCACUUGUUCACCCCGGCCACGUCUGUGUGCGGAGCAUCUCUCUUGACGCACACGCGCUCGCUGACGGCAGCGCACUGCUGGUACGACGGCUGGCGCUGGGCGCGCAUGUUCACCAUGGUCUUCGGCUCCCAGAGGCUGCAUAUUGGCGGUUUGCGUAUCGACACCGAAGAUGUUGAGAUGCAUCCCGACUGGAACACAUUGAAUCUCAACAACGACGUCGCUAUCGUCCGACACGAUUGGGUUGCCUUUAAUGAUAUUACUAGACCCAUUAAUCUACCAAUUGAUCAAGCAAACAACGAUUUCGCUGGAUCUUGGGCGGUAGCUGUGGGUUACGGGAGACAAUUCGAUGGUCAGGUUCCCACAUUUAAUCCGGACUUGAGAGAAGCACAUCUUCAGGUGGUGCCAAACGAAGUGUGUUGGCAGUUGUAUCCUAGUUUGGUUGCAGACUCAACUCUCUGCACAAGAGGACCUAUUGGGACCAAUAUUUGCCAAGGUGACUCAGGCGGCCCUCUUGCGCUUGAAACUGGCGAUGACCGUAUUCUGAUUGGUGUUGUUUCGUUCGGAGCUAUAAGCUGUGAGGGAGGGCAUGCAGCUGGCUAUGCGCGAGUGACCUCGUUUUUACCCUGGAUUCUAUCAAGAAACUAAAUUACUUUAGUAAAUAUUGUUUGAAUAAUAUCUUAACACGUGUAUUUAAUAAUAUAUUAUACAUAUAAAUACGUAUAUUAAUUUCAUGAUCCUUCUUCAUAUUAAUUAUGGUAAAGAUUUUCGGAUAAAACUUUAGAAUCUAUGUAAAAAAUAUGUGUCUAAUGCUUUUUCAAAGCCUAGCAAAAAUAAAGGAGUUUUAUGAGAGAGCUUUAUGGGUUUUUCUAGACACGCGGUAGCGUGUAAAGUUCAAGUAACAGAUACUGGCGAGCAGCACCGUGUGUAAUAUUACACGAACCAUUUGGAACUUUUGACCCCUGAACUCAAAAACUAUCUAGAUAUUAUGUAUAUUAUAAAAGCGAAAGGUCACUGACUGACUCACUCGGUAAUCCAUCACGAAAUUUCAGAAACUACAAUUAGUGCUAGGAGUCUUGAA